GGUGCGAGGGGCGCGAUGUGGCGGGCGUCGGGACGGCCGGGGGUCCCCGCGGCGCUGAGGCGGCUGCUGCUGCUGCUGCUGCUGGCCACGCGCGAGGCGGCGGCGCUCGAGCCCGUGAGCGUGGGCCUCGCCAUCGGGGCGGCGUCGGCGCUCACCGGCUACCUGUCCUACACCGACUGGUACUGCCGCUUCGCCGAGUGCUGCGACGCGGAGCGGCCUCUCGACGCCUCGGCCCUCAAGCAGGAUUUGGAGGAGAAGCUAUUUGGACAGCACCUGGCCACAGAGGUGAUCCUCAAGGCACUGACUGGCUUUAAGAACAACAAAAACCCCAAGAAACCGCUCACCCUGUCCCUGCAUGGCUGGGCCGGCACAGGCAAGAACUUCGUCAGUCAGAUCAUGGCGGACCAUUUGCACCCGCGAGGCCUGAAGAGUCACUUCGUCCACCUGUACGUGUCGACCCUGCACUUCCCCCACGAGCAGAAGAUAAAACUGUACCAGGACCAGCUGCAGAAGUGGAUCCAUGGGAACGUGAGCAAGUGCGCCAACUCAAUGUUCAUAUUUGAUGAGAUGGACAAGCUGCACCCCGGGAUCAUCGAUGCCAUCAAGCCCUUUCUUGACUAUUAUGAGCAGGUGGACGGGGUGUCAUACCGCAGGGCCAUCUUCAUCUUUCUCAGCAACGCGGGAGGGGACAUCAUUACUAGGACGGCGCUGGACUUCUGGCGGGCAGGGAGGAAGCGGGAGGAGGUCCAGCUGAAGGACCUGGAGGCCGUGCUGUCCGUGGGUGUCUUCAACAACAAGCACAGUGGCCUGUGGCACAGUGGCCUGAUAGACAGGAACCUCAUCGACUACUUCGUCCCCUUCCUGCCGCUGGAGUACAGGCAUGUGCAGAUGUGCGUGCGAGCGGAGCUACAGGCCCGUGGGGCUGUGGUGGACGAGGAGGUGGUGGCCAGGGUGGCGCAGGAAAUGACAUUCUUUCCCAAGGACGAGAAGAUCUACUCGGACAAGGGCUGCAAGACCGUGCAGUCUCGGCUGGACUUCUACUGAGCUGGCCUGGCCUCUCGGAAGCACUUUGAAGCCCUCUGGGCCCUGCACAUUUGCACCAGGGGAUGUGGGGACCUCGAGGUCCUGAGUGACUUGGGACACUAACUGUCACCUGACAGCAGGCAGCUCACCUGCGGCCACCACUUCCGCUGCUGCCUUGACCUAGUGCCUUUAAACAGCUGUGCACGUGGCCUCACGUGCCACUCCCGGGACUUUCGGGGUCCCAGGGACCCACAGAGCACCCUGUGGGGACAUCCCCUUUCUGCUGCUGCUUUGCAUGAAGAGCCUCCGCUGACUCAGUGCUUUCUGUGACAGUGGGUGCCAUCUGUGGCCGGCCCUAGGACAGGGCUGGCAGCCUUGGCCUCUGCAGAGCAGGGCAGAUGGGGCCUCAGGUCCAUGCUCCUCUCUGGCUGCGGUGACAGCUCUGGCCUGGUGUCCCCUCAUCCAUGCCCGCUCCGUCCGGCCCCCUCGCACCCCUGGUCUUCUGGUCACUCGAUACCAGGUCCCCUGGCCGAGUCCUCCCACAGCCAGAAUGGGCUUGGGAGCCCAGGCCUGUGGUGACAUGCUGCCUGUUACACUUGAAACUUGCUCCCGCUGGCUGCGUCCUGCAGAACCACUGGAGAUCUGUGAGAUGGAGCCGGGCAUGGUGGCGCAGGCCUGGGCUCCUAGUAAGUUCAAGGCUGGCUUCUGCCCACCCCAAAAGGCUCCAGUUUUCAAGGGUAUCUAUGAUACGGAAAAGUUUUAGAUAACUUAAUAGAUUGAAUAUUAAGGUAGUUGUAGAAGCAAAAUAAGUAACGUGUUCUUUUAAGAAUUGCUUUUCCUGUAACUCCUUGUUUAAGGUGAAGAUUAUCUGACUCUAACCAGUAACUUCAUUAACCUAACAAAGUUACCAGGCCAGGGUGA